AUGUCUAACGCUUCGACGACUCUUUUUGGGCGUCGCUUCUGGUCCUGCGCCUCCGAAUCUAUGUCGCAGACUCUGGGUUUGCGAGGGACGAUUUUCACCACCACUGCGACGAGGAAUACCUUUUUGAGGACUGGCCAGCCUUGUGUCAGUCCUUCUUACAAAGCAGCGUCCUUUCGAAGAGCGAUACAUACGGGGCAACGCUCAUUCCCACGACCGAAUGUUCACAAUGCGCAACGAAGUUAUACUGGGAGCGGCCUGUUACUGGUCGGCUUCACCACCAACCUCUCUCCCACCCAAGCUACGGUGAUAUCCUGCGCUGCUGCCACAGAGUCUGCCGCAAGCGCUGGCCUGGCGAAGAAGUCCAAUCUCUACCAGCUAAGCCGGCUAGCAUGGCGACGGGGCAUGCACAGCGAUUCAAGGGGACUUGGCCCAGUGGAGAGGAGAUACCAUAGCUCCAAGAGUGGAAAAGACGAAAACAAGGGCGCAACAGCCCAGCCAAAGCAGGAUGCACCUAAAACACCAGACCAGGGCAAGGUCGAUGUACCAGAGCCCGAUGCCGAGUCGAUUGCCUCCGCCAUGUCGAAAUAUCUGCACAUACCGAGAAUGCCGCAUCGACCCACCCGGGACGAACUUUUGGCUGCCGCCAACGGCUUCUUGGGUCGCAUGAAGGUUCGAUUUAAGUGGGCGUCAAUUAGGAGUAUGAGGCCGUGGAAUAUUGAUGAAUGGGGCGCAUUUGUGUCGUGGUUCCUAUUCGGCCAUUUGGUUUGGAUUCUCGUCGGUACCACGACCUUCUUCUCCCUUAUCAUCUUCAGUAUCAACACCGUUUUUGCGCAGGAAACUCUUGCGAAAUGGGUUGGCGAUUCUCUUACUGAGUCUGCCGGCGUGACUGUAGUCUUCGAGUCGGCCAUCGUUCCCAAGUGGGGAGAUGGCGUGAUCAGCUUUAGGAACGUUUUUGUGUCACGACGACCCGGCCAGAUUACGUCUUCCGUCAGCAAGGGCUCAUCAACGAAUGCCGCGGCUGUGGCUGCGGCUGGCAAGCAUGGUGAGUCCGACGGAGAGGCGCUGGAAGAGGAUGCCGGAAACUACACCCAGUACGACCUCACAAUCGCUACCGUCAACGUUACUCUAUCGUUCCUGAAGUGGUGGAACGGUAAGGGCUUCCUAAAGGAUGUCGAAGUCAAGGGAGUUCGCGGUGUAGUGGAUCGCACCUCCGUGCAGUGGUCGGAUGAGGCAGUUGAUCCUCUCUCGUACCGACACACUCACGAGCCCGGUGACUUUGAGAUCGAUUCAUUCAAGCUCGAAGACCUUCUUGUCACUGUUCACCAACCAAACAACUUCCGGCCGUUCUCAGUCAGCAUUUACUCCUGCGAGUUACCGCAGCUCAGGAAACAGUGGCUCUUCUACGACUUCCUCUCCGCGACACACAUGUCCGGAUCAUUUGACGGCUCUUUGUUCACAAUUCACCCCCGCCAGGUACACGGCACUUUGGCAGGCCGAAAUGGAGACGUUGCCGAUGAUGUUGGCGAACCGUCUGCGUGGAAGAAAUUCAGUCGUCUUCGUAUCGAUGGCCUCAAGAUUGACCAUCUCAACCGAGGUGUUGAAGGACCGUUUGGUUGGAUUUAUGAGGGAAACGUCGACAUUGUAGCGGAUGUCAUGUUCCCCGCUGAUCUGGACGAGGGCAUCACCAAGGUCAUGUCGGACUUUUAUGACCAACUCGAAGAUGUCGUCAUCUCAAACCGUAUGCGCCUUCUACAGAAGGAUCUCCUCGCAGGCCCUGUUUCGGAUCUUCUGGGGCCAACACCUACUGAAGGCCACCUCUCCCAGGCGACACCAAAGUUGACCGAGGAAGACCCUGAAGACCCUGAAGACCCUGAAGAAUCCACCGAGUCGGCAACUGCAGACUCGGCAGACGAGGACCGAAGAUACCUCAUUAUGGACCUGCGCAUUCACAUGAACGAUGUCAAGGCCGCCGUGCCUCUGUUUACGAAUGACAUUUCGUACAUCAACCAGGCUCUUGUUCGCCCUAUUGUGGCCUACAUCAACGCCAAGAAAACAUAUAUACCCAUCACCUGCCGCAUAGUCAAGCGCGCUAGUGAUUUCGACGGAAGCUGGUCCAUAUUCGACUGCGGUCUCAUGGACGACAUGUCUGCCGAGACCUACGAGGCAUUUGCCCGCGACGUCGAGGACCAGCAGAGCCGCGUACGCCGCCUCAAGAAGGUCGGCUUCUGGACUCUGAGUCUUGCUGUUCACGCCCUCUUCAUGGGUAUGGCUGGCAACGUCAUCUAG